CCCGGCGCAGCCCCGGCCGCAGCCAUGAGCCUGGCGGAGGGCCGCGCCCCGCGGCGCACGGCCGGUAACCGCCUCUCGGGGCUCCUGGAGGCCGAGGAGGAGGAUGAGUUCUACCAGACCACCUACGGAGGCUUCACUGAGGAGUCGGGCGAUGACGAGUACCGCGGCGACCAGUCGGACAGCGACGACGAAGUGGAUUCGGACUUCGACAUCGACGAGGGCGACGAACCGGCCAGCGACCAGGACGAGAGCGAGCCCAAGCGCCGCCGCCGCGUGGUCACCAAGGCCUACCGGGAACCUCUCAAGAGCCUUCGCCCCAAGAAACCAGAGACCCCCAGCAGCAGCUCCCAAAAGCCCCGGGAGGUGAAAUCCAUCCCCCUGGAGCUGCAGGAUGACCUGGGAGACAGCCGGAAGCACAUGCGGCAGUCGACCACGGAGCACACUCGGCAAACCUUCCUGCGGCUCCAGGAGAGGCAGGUCCAGUCCAAGAGGAAGAAGGGAGGCCCCAACUACGACCGGCCCCUGACACAGGAGGAGCUGCUGGAGGAGGCGAAGAUCACAGAGGAGAUCAACCUCCGCUCCCUGGAGAACUACGAGCGCCUGGAGGCCGACAAGAAGAAGCAGGUGCAGAAGAAGAGGAAGUGUGUGGGGCCUGUGAUCCGGUACUGGUCUGUGACCAUGCCCCUGCUGCCCGAGCCGGGCAGGGAGGAGAACGUGGACGUGGAGGGCUUGGACCAAGACCUCCAGCCGGCCGAGGCAGCCCCGGCUCCACCUCUGGGCAGCGCUGGGAAGUGCUCCAGGACCUUCAUCUCCUUCAGCGACGACGAAACCUUCGAUCGCUUCUUCCCCCGGGCCAAGCCGCCGCGGCUGCCGGUGCGGGAGCUGUGUCCUGUCACCCACCGGCCGGCCGUCUACCGGGACCCCAUCACCGACAUCCCCUACUCCAACAUCAGAGCCUUCAAGAUCAUCCGGGAGGCUUACAAGAAGUACAUCACCGCCCACGGCCUGCCCAGCGCCGCCGCCGCCUCCUCUUCCUCCUCCUCCGCCCCGCUGGGAGGAGCUGCCGCGGCCGCCGCCGCUCCCCCCGGCCCCGACCCCGGGCUGCGCCCUGCCCGCCAGAAGAUCAUCAUCAAGCAGAGCGUCCCCGGCAGCUGAGCUUCAGAGCGGGGCUUGGGGGUCCCCAAACGGAGCUUGA